AUGGCCGCCGCUCCUCCGCCUGCGGCGGUCCACGACGCCCACGAGGCCGUGGACACGCCCACGAAAGAGCAACUGCAAUUCGCACGCAGCGUAUACAUUCUCUUGCAGCUGUGGCCGGCGCUGCGGCAGGCUGUGCAGGAGCAGUGGGGCGGAGAAUUCUCGGAAGAGAAGCGCGCCUUUUUACUGUCGCAUUUGUGCGACGAAUACGGCAAUCACGGAGCGCGCACGAGACCGGAUCUGGAUGACUUGACCGAGCUCAUAGAGAGCUAUGUGAUGGAGGAAUUCGACUGUGAGCUGGAGGACGAUAGCGCGGCGCUCAUGGCGGGGCAUAUUUGCCUAGUACACACGGGCAUCUUUCUCGAGGACAAAGGCGAUACCAUCCUGGCCGAGCUCGAGUCGACCUUGUCACGCACAGGCGCCAAGGCCCAGCGCGCGGAGGUGCAGGACGGCUUUGACAUGAUCGACGACCACGAGGCCUCUGACGACGAGCGCCCUGCGCAGCCAAGCGCGCGUCCCGCUGAACCCGCGCCGAAGCAGGAGCGCAUCGUGGACGAGGAUGGCUUUGAAAUGGUCCAGCCGCGCCGGCGUACGUAG